CGCGUGGUUAUACACAGGUUUUUCCUCAGCGACAUAAAUCUUCGCGGGCAACUACACAAGAACACUGUCAUGGAGCCUAACGAGUUGGUGAAGCCCACCGAGGAUGAACAUAUUUUCAACUCAUUGUCUUCUGCAGCAGCCUUUUUAGAAGCUCAAUCCUAUAACGACUUAAAGACGCCUGACGUUGUCGAUUUACUGAAAGGCACUUCUUCCACACAUUAUAAGAUUUCAGACGGCAAAUCUCGACAGACAUUCUAUAUCAAAAGCCAGCACAAAUUGCCUGAAGAGUUAUCAAAGGAACUGGAAGCGGCAAAUGAUAAUGUCAUUGGAAUAUUUACAGAGAUCAAGCGAAGCUGGUGCGUUGUACAAAACAAGCUAUACUUGUGGAAAUAUGUAGACGGAUUGGAUCUGCAGCUGUAUGAAGAUGUGAACGGACCCAUCAUUAGCGUCGCUCUCACCAUCGCCAAACCUGGAAUUUUCGUACCCGAAGUUACGCAUGUAUUGGUGAUUGCAAAUGCAAAAGAAAUCAUUACUAUUGGAGUGUCAGUCAACAUGGAAGAUGGAAAUAUUUCUUUCUAUCAAACCGACAUAUCGGUUCCUUCAGACAAUUUGAAAAUGUUGCGGAUGUGUGGUACUAAGACUGGCCGAAUCUUCAUGGCUGCCGACGACGGAUACCUAUAUGAAUUUGAUUAUAAGCCUCAGGAAUCAUGGUUUUCUCGCCGAUGUACCAAGAUUUGUCAUGCUCCUAGCAAGCUAUCUUAUUUCCUUUCCCUGUACGAUGAUCCUAUCAUUGAUUUAGCAGUGGAUGAAUCAAGAAACAUGUUAUAUCAGCUUACAGCCAUGCAUAACCUUCGAGUAGCAUACCUUGGUCCUGACGGGAUGACAUUGACUAAUAUUGGACAAUGCACCAAUAUCCGCAAAAAGGCACAAAGCUUAUGCCCUACUUCGCGGUUAUUUGACGAAAAACAAUUCGACAUUAUUUCAAUACACCCCAUCACGGUAUCUGGAUCACAUAAUGGUCGACUGUUGGCAGUAACUUCCAACGGCGCUCGUUUAUACUUCACAUCCACAAAAGCUCAUUCAGUGGAACCAGCCCCACUCCAACUUACUUUUGUUCGACUUCCUGUUGAAAAAGUUGGAACAAAUGAACCAACUCCUGCAGUAGAUGCUGCCUUCUAUAUGGAUGGUAUAUAUAUGAUUGCCGACAAAUUGAAGCCGCGGGUUUCCUGUGUUUGUCCAGAUUCUGCUCUUAUGACUGAAGCUCAAGCCAAGAAUAUGGCAAAUGCUUCUGAAGUGUUCGAAGAAUUCACUUUGACAGGAAAGAUUUGUGCUAUUGCCGAGGAAACUCAGGAUAUUCCGCUGUCCAUGAAGCUCAACGAACUCACAGCAUCUUCAACGGUUCCACCUCGCCGAUUCUUGGUGCAAACACGUGCUGGCCUUGUUGUUGUUGAAAAGCGACGACCUAUCGAAAUAUUACAACUGUUGAUUGCUGAAGCCGGUUCUUGCUUUGAUACACGCGCCAAGGACAUUCGAGAUUUUAUAGACCACUACGGUCCAGCUCAAACAUACACAAUGUGCUUUGAUUUGGUCUGCAAAGAAGCUCAGCAAUCACAACAAUCGAAUUCUGCUGAAUCUUUAGCUACGUUGAUAUCAUCACAACCAGCAACGCGAUUGUUUUACAGUAUCGAUUCACCAUCCAUUAUUGGAUCUUUGCAUGGAAAAAAUGGUGUUAGCCAGCGAGAUGGAUUUGCGUUAUACUUGUACCGACUUUUACAGCCCAUUUGGAAUCAAAAAGUUACAGUCGCAAGCACGACACAAAAACCUUCUAAUGCCCAAGACACAAGUGUGCCCAAGACGACAUUGCAGGACAUCCAUGGAAAACUGUGCCAAUUACGCAAAUUCAUGGAUCUAAACCCAUAUAUCAACCCUAAACCACUCCAUCCAAAUGAAGUGCAAAGCUCGAUGGAAGAACUAUACCAGCUGUUGAGCCAUGCUAUCGAAGCAGUUGCCUUCAUUUCUUAUCUUAUUGAUGCUGGCUUCCCACGCAUCGUUCAACGCAUGUCAGUUUCUGCUCAAGUAGCGCUAAUGGGCCUCACAUAUGAGUCGAUGCUGACAAAGCCAGAUGGUAGAACCGUGUUGAGGCAUUUGGUAACAGCUGUGGUCGACAGCCAAUUGGAAAAAGGCACCGAUUUGAAUGUGGUAACGGACACUCUGCAAAAUUGCUGUGGAACGCUCACAAACCCCAAGGAGGUGAUCAUGUAUAAGGCCGUCCAACACGUUCGAAAAGCAUCUGAGACUGUUGAUCCCACGCAACGGGCAACACAACUCAGCGAUUCACUUACAUUAUUCAAGAAAAUAGCCGACUAUCUCUCGUACGAGCAGCUCCAAGAAAUUUGUGAGGGUUACAAAAAUCUUAGCUAUAACAUAGGAGUGGUGGAUCUGGCACUCACUUGCGCCCAAGCUAAAGAUCCUUAUGAUCGAUGCAGCUCUUAUGUCGACGAAGGCUGUCCUCCAACGGACUCUAGGAGAAAGUAUUAUGAAAUCAAAAAGCGGUGCUAUAUCUGUGUAUUCUCGGCUCUGCUCGAUGCAGAAUAUGCUGGAGAGCUGCAAUAUGACUCUGCAGAACCCAAACCGUCCGGAAAUGCCAGCGCUACCAAUAUAUACCAAAUGAUUUUGAGCUCCAAAGACCGUGCAUUCCAUUUCGAACUAUACGAAUGGUUUAUCAACAAGGGCAUGAUUAAGCAACUGCUGACGGCGAACACACCAUACGUCGUUCCAUUUUUGACUCGGCCACCGUUUAGAAAGGAAAAUUAUGACUUGUUAUGGCAGCAUUAUCGACUCCAGCAGCGUUACGAUGUCGCCGCAGAAACUCUAGAACAACUUGCACUUACUGAAUGCGACAUAACGCUGGAAAAGCGUACUGAAUAUUUGACACUUGCUAUUGGCUGUGCAAAGAGUUACCAGGGACCAAGAGUCAUCCAAAUGAUGGAUAUGGUUCGACGAUUGGAAAUUGACCUGCAAACAGCCAAUGCUCAACUUUUACACAACUUUUCAGAAUCCAAAGAUCCCAUAGCAAUGGAGACGGAAGUUUGAAUCCUUUCUUUAAGUACAUACAAUAAAGUCUCCUAAGAUAAUGUAUGAUGCGUUGAACAUAUGGCAUUCAUUUUUGGCGAGUUUGGACUGCUUGCUGCGUUAUUGCCGAGCUUUCAUCAUUAAGGUGCAACAGCAAGACGAAAUGUCAAAUUCUUUAACCUAUUCCAUGUAAUCCUCAAAAUUACUUUUGUUUGCUUCUUUC